ACCGCGUGCUCGUUCACUCGUUCGCUCGUUGCCCCUCAUGUCCAUGCAGACCUAGGCCAUUGUAUGUCGCCAGGCUGACAAGGGAGCAGUGCACGUGGGAGCCAGUGAAGCCACCGGAUUGUACCCUGACCCGUCGCCAUGAGCCCCAAUCUCAAGGACCAACCGCUCGUGGACCACGGGGCUCGUCUCCACCCCGGGCCGAGCAUCGAAGCCCGCCUGGCCAAGAAACUUGCGGCCAACGAGCCGCACAUCCGGGCCCAAGCCCUCAAGAAGCUGGCCCAAUGGCUGCGGGCGCGCGCCACGGCCGGUUUGAUGACGCCCGAAGAGACCUUGGCCUUAUGGAAAGGCCUGUAUUUUUGCUUCUGGAUGUCGGAUCAGCCUUUGAUUCAGGAGAGCCAAGCCCAGGCCAUCGCCGACCUCUUAGGGCGGGCCUUCACGCCCGAUUCAGCGCCCGCUUGGCAAUUUGCCCGUGGCUUCUUCCUGACGCUGCAUCGGGAAUGGUUGGGAUUGGAUCGAUUCCGAAUGGACAAGUUCAUGAUGUUAGUGCGGCGAUUCCUGCGGGCCACCUUCAGUAUGGUCCAGCACAGCGGCUGGAGCGCGUCGGCCACCCAGGCGCUAGCCCGGGAAAUCGUGGUGCCCGGCGUGUUGGCCCCCACGGCCGUCAAGCCCAAUCUGGGAUUUCAGAUGCACGUGGUCGACGUAUAUCUGGAGGAAUUGGCCAAAGUGGGCGGCCACCGGAUCACGGCACCCGUGUUAUGGGCCGUAGUUCGACCCUUUGCCCAGCACAUACAAAACGGCUCGGCCGAUGCGCGAUUUCUGGCCCAUAUUCAAAGCCGCAUCUUCCACCAUCUGAUGCGGCAAAGCGACGACGGCAUCGCCUAUGAUGAAUAUCUCCAAGGUGAUCUGACCGAGCCCGAGAUCACGGCUCGAUCCUCGAAUGAUGAGGAACCACCGGCCUCAGCCUCCGACGAGAGUGAGGCCGAGAGCGAGGCCGAGAGCGAGGCCGAAGCAUUGGGUGACCUGGCUGAGCCACUGGAUCCACGGGCCGGUGGGGUGCAUGUGACCAUUCCCCAAUUGAGCCCGGAUUGGCUGCAAAUGAGCCAGGAUCUGUUCGAUUUGGGUCAAGCGGCGGAAGUGACGGCCCAACGGCGCAAGAUCUUAUUCGAGUUGACGCGACAGUUCCGCCAAUUGGCUGAAGGCAAGUACCCGCUGUCGGCCGAGUUGUCCGAUGAAGAUCAGAUUGAAGUGCCCACCGUGUCCACCAAGAAAGUGCUCAAACGUCGACAUCAAGAGGAACUGCAGACCAUGGCCCGAUUACGCGAGGAGCGACGUCUCUUCCAACAGGCCAUGAAGGCCAAGAAACGCGGACUCAGCCAGCCUUCGAAUGCCGAACCCGAAGAGAUGAUCGAGAAAGCGGCGGAUGGAUCGGAGGACAGUGAGGAGGAGGAGGAAGAAGAAGAAGAAGAGCGGGAACCCCCCACCCCUCCGCCCAAGAAGAAAUCUAAAAGACCGGACAACCCUUCUUUGUCUAAGAAUCAGAAACAAGACCAAAAGGCCAGUCUGGUGGAAAAGAAGCAGAAAAAGGUCGAGGCAGCAUCACUCGCUGUGAAAAAGCCAGAAAAAACUGAGAAGAUCGCUUUGGGCCCGUCUCUGAAACCGGAGAAAAAAAUCCAGAAAAUAACCGCUUUGACACCGACCUCACCCGCUCCUGCAAAAGCCCCGCCUCUCAAUGAACAGUCGCCUAUAUCGCCGAAAAAGAGCAAGAAAAUGAAGAAGAAGAAGAAGCAGCUCACAGUGAACCAGGAGACAUCGAAGAAAGUGGAGGAAACCCCGGACGCCGUCAUCCAGACUCAAAUCACGGACACCAAGUUCCAAGAGAUCGACUUCGACACGGACACUAAUAGCACGACGGAAAUCCAGACCGUGCAGACCAAGGCUAAACGCCACUCUGAGCCCGUGAUCAGCCCGUUACCCGGCAAGAAGGCCAAAAAACAAAGGCGACAGAGUGAAGUCAUGCCCACAUCCGGGAUCAGUGGCUAUGAUGCCCCCACCAUCAAAUCCCCCGCCCGCGCCUCCCUGCCCACGCCCACAUUUGUGAAGAAGGCCAAGAACAAGGUCAAAUCCCCUCAAUGGAGGACGGCCUCGUCAGAGUUGCCCGCGAAGUCGGUGGUGUUGAGUUCGGAGAAGAAGAAGCUGAACUUCUCGUUGACCAUGAACAAAACCCAGAGUCUGCGCGAUGUGGAUUCGGCCAUGAUGGACAGUCCGGAGAUUCCGUUUUGCUCGGCCAAGAAGCCCAAGAAGGGCUUGUUGAAGAACAAGUUCGAUAUCAGUAUCGUGAACACCCCGUCGCCCAUCUCGAAACGCGAAGUGGUCAUGAACACGCAACGGAAUUCGGUCAGUAAAACGGCCAAGUUGCUCAACCGCAUGAGCGCCUCGGAUUUCUUUUGAGAACACCGAGAUCAUGUUACUCUACGUAAUAACAAUGGAUAUAAAUGUUAUGAUGAACAAUCAAA